UUUUUAUUGUUCAUGUAUAGUUUGUAACAAUUUAAACUUUGUGUAUUGUUCAUCCCGCGCUUAGUAACCUAGAAACUCAUGUGAUUUUAUCACUAGUGAUUAAAAUGUGGGCGUACAGUGUAUAUCCGUGCCCUCUUAGAUCAAGUGUUGGCUGUUCAUUCGUUUAAGAAGAGAUUUGUUGUGAUGGUAGUUACUGAAGUGAUUUUUGUCUAGUUUGCGCAAUUAUGAAUAUCCUAAUAUGGAAGUGUAUAAUUUUAGUUGUAUUAUUUUUUUUAUCAUUUACACUGACACUCUUGCCACUAAAACUUGUGACAAGGCUACGAACUUCAGUUGAUCCACUAGUUCCUUCUAGGCAUGACCGCCUCAUCAGCUUGCUCAGCUGCUUCGCUGGGGGAGUGUUCAUGGCGACCGGCUUGCUGGACCUGCUUCCCCAAGUCGUCAGCGCAUUUGUCGAGGUGAAGGAGCGCCUGCAGCUGGAGUCGCAGUUCCCCGUCGCGGAGUUCUCGGUGGGGAUGGGCUUCUUCCUGGUGCUGCUGCUGGAGCAGCUGGUGCUGGACUGCCAGGAGGGGGCGCGCGCCUCGGCGGAGCAGCGACGCCUGCUGCGGCGCGACGAGGAGGGGGCGGAGGAGAGAAGGGAGCCGCCCCCCCACCCCUCCCUGCGCUCGCUGCUGCUGGUGGCAGCGCUCUCCCUGCACUCGCUGUUCGAGGGGCUGGCGGUGGGGCUGCAGCAGAGCCCCGCCAGCCUGCUGCAGAUAGCGGCCGCCGUGGGCCUGCACAAGGCCGUGGUGGCCUUCAGCCUGGGCAUGAGCCUGGCGCGCUCGCGCUUCCGGGCCGCGCUGGCCGCCUGGUCCGCGCUCGUGUUCAGCGCGGCGUCGCCCCUGGGCAUCGGCGCGGGCCUGGGGGUGAGCCGCCUGGGGCGCGGCACGCCGACCGUCGUCACCACGGCCGUGCUGGAGGGCCUCGCCUGCGGCACCUUCGUGUACGUCACCUUCUUCGAGGUCCUGCCCCACGAGCUGCAGAGCGGCGUCGACCGCAAGGCCAAGCUGCUGGCGGUGGUCGUCGGGUUCGGCGUGGUCUGCGGCCUGCUGUUCCUGGAUCUGUGACGCGCGGCCGUCUGCGAUAACUGCUAGUCCUUCCACCAAAGUUAUGUGUUAUAACUUUUGAUAACCCUAAUCUAUUUUGAAUAUUGGUGGUUGCAUUGUGAUUUGAUAUUAAUUUACAAAACUGAAACUUAUUUUUUAUAUUUAUAUGUUAUGUGUUUUUCUGGUCUAGUGAAUUCUUUUAAAUAUGAUUCACCGUUGUGUAAAACGAAAAACGUUUGCUUUAGAUAGGCUAAACAUAGUUUAUAGUAUUAUAGUAGCCUUAAGUUUGAAUUUUUAUUUUUCAAGUGAUCCUAAUUUUACUAUCAAUUUUACCAGACAUUAUUUUUAUUGUAAGAUUAUUAGGUUUUUAUAUAUAUAUAUAUGUGUGUUUCUUGGAGAAAGAUAAAGUUUAAAUUAAAAAAAUACUAGAAAAUAAGUAGCUUGGAGUUCACACAUUAUAUAUUCUGUACUAUCUAUCUUAUCAUGCCAACAAUGAAUAUCUGCUGCCCACUACGCAUCAAAGUCCCACAGAAACAUGUCAGAAUUGACAAGAUAGCAACUACGAGCAUGGUUUUAAAACUCCCUCUGAUUUUUAUAAGAUAGUCACUAUUCAGUAUUUGUGUGUAAAGACUAAUUUACUUUUUUACAAAUUUGAUAAUAUUUUUUAAGUAGAAAAUAAACAAUGUUAGAGACGUAUAAAAAAAUAGUGCACGUAACUCAGUAUCCUUGACAGAAGUUAACUUCUUUAGCAGUCUAAACCUUGAUCAUAAGUAUAUUGUAAGGGGUAAAACUGCAGUGAGAGAGGGAGAAAAAAGACAAUUUUAAAAAAAUAACACCUCA